AUGAAGACAAGUUCGUCGCAAUUUGUAAUGAUGGUUACAUUUAUGGAGCAGCAUGGAGACCUCACCAAGCCUACCAGUAACGCAAGAGGUAGAUUAAAUAAUCUCAAACAUUGGGAGGACCUGACAUUGCUUCUAAACAGUGAUGGUGUGGGGGAUAGCAAAACUACUGAGAAGUGGAAGAAGGUUUGGUGCGACCUUAAAAAUAAUACCAAACGGAAGGCUGCACGUCUGCACAGAGCAGCUACUGGGACUGGUGGUGGGCCAGCAGUAUUUGCAAAACUGACAGAUUUAGAACUAAGAGUUCUAAAUCUCAUCGGUGUUCAAGUGGCUACGGGCUUGGCAAUAGAAGAAGCUGGGUUGACACACUCAGCAAUUGAGCGACGAGCCAACUUCAGAAUCACUGCUGAGAGCAAUUUCAUCUCCACCGCUUACAUCCAACCUAAUUGGAAUGAGCCAGGGCCAUCACAAAUUAUUACCCCAGCACAGUCGACACCUCCUACUGCAUCUCUUUCUUUUACGGAGGAGCAAUUAGAAGAGACGGACUUGUUCUCCCCAACCAGACCAUCACAAGCCCGCAUAGCUUCAGCUGUUCGAACUCCUCCUCGUGGUGUAAGAGGCAGAAUUCGAGGGUCACCUCAUAGACGGCGAGCGCGGUCAGUACGCGCAGAGCAAGCCGCUCACCACUUCCUUCAGGUUGAUGCACAUUGGAGGAGUUUGAAAAGGCAACAGCAUGAAGACAUGAUGGCAUUGAGAAGAGAGGCAAAUAGAAUCAGGCAGAUGGAGGUGCAGACUCAAAUGGAGUGGCAAGCUAUAGGCCACAGAGCUCUUAAUCUUUUAGAGAAAAUAGUUGAUAAGUUUUGUUAAAUAAUAUAUUUUUAUACACAA